AGCUGCCAGUCUGUCAACUAUCCGCGUCUCAAAGAAGCCUUGAAAGCCAUUGCUGGCUUUCCUACAGUUUAGGAGGAAUCUGCGUCAGCCAUUUAGCUACGCGUUUGACCCUCUGCCCAGAGACAGCAUUCGAUCUGUACCAACGACAGUGUAUGUCUGUCUGCCGCGCAUCGUCGCCUAAGGCCAAACGCGCUCAACUCUCGCAGCAACGCUCGCUCAAGACCAGCCGAUUUACCACAAUUGUGCGCCAGACUCGCUCGAUCCUUUGUCCUUCUUGCUAGCUAUGGGCUGCGAAUACCGAACUUUUGUCAUCUACGGGCAGGAUUCGAAACAGUAGCUCCGACAAAUAAUCGCAAUCCGCAAACUCCUGCGGCCUUCGAGCCUCGUCGGCAAGAUGGCAAGCGCGCAGCUCACCGAAGAAGAGCUGCAGCAGAGCGCACUUCUCUCAGACGAAGAUGCCGAAAUCGAAGACGUACUGGCCGCGCCUGCCGAAGACUUGCCUCAGGAUACCGAGAGUCCCUUGACGAACCCCAACACGCACGACGACGAACUUUCGGAUGCGGUCGGCGAUGAAGACGACGAAAGGGACGCGCCUGUCUUGGACGGUGAUGUUGAAAUGGCUGAGAAUGCAGACGAUAAUAGCGAACUGUCCGAGCAAGACUCUCUAGAAGAGAACCUAGAUGAGUAUUCUGGUGCCGACAUGGAUCAGCGCCUGGGUCAAGACGAUGGAGACGAAGCUUCGGGCGGUGCGCGCAGUCGCAGCAGCAGCUUGCUAGAUGAUAUUGAGGAGGAUGAGGCAGAAGGUGUUGGCGCUGUGAAGAUCAGGCCAGGCGAAACCGAUGAUGAGGAGGCAGAUGAGCCGGACAGCGAGCACUCGGAGUCGCACAGUGAGUCUGGCAACGAAUCCGAGGGAGACGAUGCGUGGGACGAGGUCGCCGUAGAGGAAGAAGAAGACGAAGACGAAGGUUCAGAAGACGCAGCCAUGAACACUUGCAUGUUCUGCAAACAAGAUGAAGAACAUGAUCCAGCAGAGGACUUCGAAGAGUACUUGGCUUGCGUUGGAUGUGGGGAGAACUCACAUCAACAUUGCGCCAGAGAAGCUGGCGCGUUGCAGGAGCUUAACACUGCUCACCAGUGGAAAUGCCCCGAUUGCGCGACUGCUGACGAUGCACCCGCCGACGACUCUCAUAGAAACGCUUCGCACGAAUAUGCAGAGAAGCAUGAAGCUGAGCAAGCGCCAGAUGCUGAGCAUGAUCUUGGACUGUCUCCGUCGUCUAGACGGUCAACAGCAUCCCAAGUAGCGCGAGACCUGCUUCCGCCCCAAACAGGCACCUCCAAACCCGACUCUCACUCGGUCUUCAAUCAUCUUCUUUUGAAUGAAGAUCCUAUGGACGGAACUCGAGUUCUUCGUAAGCGCAAGACGUCUUCUGUCGAAGCCGAGGAAAUUGUCAUGUCGCUCAGAAAGCGUCGGCGAAACACGUCCAAAGACAGAGAAUCAAGCCAUGGCGCAGGCACAGCACAAGAGGGUCCCAACGGAGCUGGGGAGAAGGAUACACGACGCACGCUACGUCUACAUCCCCCUCGAAAGUCGCAAAAAGGGGUUACCAUCACUCGACGGACUCGGUCCACCAUUAUCAAGAUGCGUGUAAAGCCAUCCGCUCUUCGCCGGGUGCUGUCAAGGAAGUCCUCGUCCAGUCGAAGAAGAACGGAGAAAGUCAUGGACACGACCGCUCCAUCCCAUGAUAAUUUGGCUGUAGCUAUGGCAGCUUCGUUUACUUCUACUGACUACUCACAUCCCUUCUAUUCCUUCUUGGACCGGGAAACCGACGACGUGAGAACAAAGCCGUACGGAGGCAUUCUCGAUGAGAACGAAGCUGACACAUCACGGACUUUACCGACCAAUGAUGACCGUCGAAAAUUCGAUGAGGCCAAACAAAAAGCCGAGGAGGUAUGGCGAGCUCGCCUUCACAGCAUCCAACUUAACCUAGCGACACCGGCCAAGAGGCCCAAGAAAAAUGCUGGACCAGCGAGCCAGAUUGAGUGCAUUGAUUUUGGAGGCUGGGAAAUCGACACUUGGUAUGCCGCUCCCUAUCCCGAGGAGUACAGCCGGAACCGCACUCUCUACAUUUGCGAAUUCUGUCUGAAGUACAUGAACUCGGAUUAUGUCGCCUGGCGUCACAAACUCAAGUGUCCAGCCAAGCACCCACCGGGCGACGAGAUAUACCGGCAUGGAUCAGUUUCCGUCUUCGAGGUUGACGGCCGGAAAAACCCGGUCUACUGCCAGAACCUCUGUCUCCUCGCCAAGCUAUUCUUGGGGUCCAAAACGCUCUAUUACGAUGUCGAGCCUUUCCUUUUCUACGUAUUAUGCGAAUACGAUGCUCUUGGCUACCAUUUCGUUGGGUACUUCUCCAAGGAGAAAAGAGCCAGCAGCCAGAACAACGUUUCUUGCAUUUUAACACUGCCCAUACACCAGCGAAAAGGCUACGGCAACCUCCUGAUUGACUUUUCAUACUUGCUCACUCGCGUGGAGCGCAAGACUGGAUCACCUGAAAAGCCUCUUUCGGACAUGGGUCUCGUCUCGUACCGCAACUACUGGAGGCUGGUACUCUGCCGGUAUCUCCUUGACCAUGUCGAAGAGGAUAAAUCUACGGCACCGGGCCUCAGUGUUCGACAAAUGUCCGACGAUACAGGACUGACUCCUGACGAUGUUAUUUCUGCCCUCGAAGGUCUCCGGUGUCUCGUCCGUGAUCCAUUUACGGAGCUAUAUGCCUUCCGUGUCGACCUUUCGUACUGUAACGAAUACAUAGCAAAAUGGGAGAGUAAGAAUUACGUCAAACUGAAUCCAGACGCGCUCACCUGGACUCCGUACGUCAUGGGGCGAGGCAAUGCUACAAACUUUGAGUUGGGCCCAGCUAUCAGCGCGAUUGCACCACGGGAGGAAGAUGACAUUCACAAACCUGUACAGAGUGCAUCGCUACCAGCCCCUCAACAAGAGACAGCAGCCAAUGGCACUGCCGACAAACCUUCUGUUGCCGAAGGCGGCUCAUCGACCAUCGCUGAAGAUGCUGAUGCAGACGCAACUGGGUCGACUGUGGAGCCCAACAUUUACGAAUCCACAGAGCCACAUCAAGACGGUCUGGUGAACGGCGAGGCUGGACUAGAACAGGGCGAUGAAGAGCCGUCCCAGCUCAAGGAAGUGCUCAAAUCCACUCCCGAACAACCGUUCGAAGGCGACUGGGCCACCUUGUACAAAGACGUGCCACCAUCGAGGUUCGAGGUGUAUCCGCCUCCUGGCGGUCGUCGGUCCGACCGGCCGCGACCCAGUGUACCUCGGCCUGUUGUUGCACGAACAACGAGCAGCAACUCCAGGCAACGGCAGUCGGGUGGCGGCGGCAGCAGCAGCGCGAGACGGACCACAUCGAGCCGUCCCAAGAGCAAAAGCUCAUCGUCGUCGUCACGGCGGAAAACGGGAGGAACGGGCCGUGGACCAGGCCGUUGGCCGAAGGGUACCAAGAAAAGCGAUUACGGCAAUGCCGACAGUGGGCCCGGUCUCCCGCCGGGUUGGCUCAGAGAAAAACAAGAGAAACAGCGGCUGGCUGGCCUUCCGGUGACGAAUGGCAAAGAGGUCGAAGGCCUCGCCGCUGAGGUCAACGAGACGAUGGAUGUGGUUCGCGUGCAGUUUCAGGAAGGCGAACACAAGGACGCUGGCGCCGAGGAAGCAGGAAGCGACCUCAAUGGUGACGUUGGCGGCCAAGCAGAGAACGAGUGAUGCCUAACAGCCGAUACCCCCU